CCUACUGGUCCUCUCCUGGUCCAGGUAGCCAGGUAGUUACGACCGGAGCCACCUGCGUCCUCAAGGUCCGAAAACUCUCCAACAACAUCUGCUCCAUAAGGCUGAAUUUUUCCAGGUUCUCGCUCACACCACCUAAUGAAGGAAACUGCUUGAGAGACCACCUGGCUGUAUCGGGACAAAACAUCAACAACUUUAUCCCCAAACUCUGUGGAGAGAAUUCUGGCCAACAUAUGUACAUUGAUGUAGACACUGUACCAGGACCUGUGGAGUUAAGAAUAAACACUGUAGGAAGUGGAUUCGAUCGAGAAUGGGAGAUAGAGGUAACUCAGAUUGAGUGCAACAGCCCUUACAGACCACCCAAUAACUGCCUUCAAUAUUUCACAGGAAGCCAAGGAACCUUUUCCUCUUUCAAUUACGUUCCCAAUUUACCCUCACAGUACUUGAAUAACCUGAACUAUGCUACCUGCAUACGGAAAGAGGCAGGCUUUUGUUCCAUUGUCUACACAACGACACCAACCUCUGCGACACAGUCCUUUGAACUCGUGAACUUUGUCAUCUCUCCAACAGGUGUGGCAACCUCUGUGGUCCCGGCAGGAGAGGCUGGCAUUGGCCUUAUCCAGUGUCCGGAUGAUUUUGUUAUAGUGGCUGGGACCAGACUGUGUGGCGACCGGUUAAAUGACGGUUCGGCUGUUCCAACGCGGACUGACAAUGUCCAGUGACUGACACUACAAAUGGGCCCUUCAUCGUCCAGUUCCGAAGCAACGGCCAAAACGCAGGACAAGGAUACCAGUUAACAUAUCAGCAAAUCCCGUGCUAGCAUUAUAAAUAUUAGUAGAUAUAUAAUUUCUGUAAUAAUCUUGUAUGAAUAAUGUAUAUAAAUGUUCUGUACUUUAUGUAUAUAGAUAUAUAACUGUAAGUGAUCAUGUUGAAAUUCAUUUGUAAAAAGGCAUUCAGUAAUGUGUGAGUUUGUAAUGUAAAAAUCAGAUUACUGUAUUGUGAAAACAUUUAAUAGUUAGUACAUGUAUGUAUUCUUUUUCAAUAAUUAGGGGAGAUAUAACAUACCUGCAGUCUUUAGGUCUUAAGAAUUAUAACCUCUAUAUCACAUAUACAAUGUUUCUAAUGGACAAUUAUUCAUUGAUCAAAAGAUAAUGUAAAAAAUAGGCCUUUUUUAAUCCUGAUUUAUCCACCUGAAGUUAUUUGAAGCAUACAAAAAAAGCUUUUUAUUACUCAUAUCAAUCCCACAAAUCACAAAUAUAUUUACAAUAUUCUGGAUCCUAUCUCAUUGGAAGCUUGUCUGAAUUUGUUUAUUUUCUAUUUGAUUUCAUACAUUAGUUUUGUGUAGUUUGUACCAAUGACUAUUUAAUUGUAAUUUACAGUGAUACAAUGAAUGGCAUUAUGCAUCAAACAUACACAAACCAACAUGCAGUAAUACUGGGUACAUAAUGAAUCAAGGUUAAAGCAUUUUACAAAAUCUGUAAGCCACAUUUCUUAACAAUUAUUCAUAAUUUCAAUGUAUAUACUUAAACAUUUUACAAUAUUAGCUUUCAAGGCUGCAAAACCUGAGAUUUCCAUUCAGCUUUUUUCAUAUGAUUACGCACAUCAAUAUAUUUACCUCCCACCUAGAAAGGGGCUUGAUCCUCAAACCUUUUAAAGGUUGUGUGGUGAAGCAGGUUUAGUACUGCUUGUUCGGAGUCCUUGUCAAGGAAGGUUGUCAUUUGUGUAAAUCUGUGCAUUACUGCAUUAUUUCAUCCUGCAUAUCAGUAUAUAGUAUAAGUUGAGAUAUAUCAUCUACCUGUAAUUACAUAUUUUACUUAUCGGAUAUUACAUAUGUCUCAUAUUUUCCCACUGUUAGUGGAAAAUUGCACUGCUUUGAAUAAAAUAUAAAUAUA